AUGAGCGAGGCACAGGAGGCCAAGAAGGUGGCCCAAAAGAAAGCUUCCAAGGAACUGGAAGCCAACUCUCAAGCAGUAAAUAUCGAUGGCAUGACCUGGAGGGAUCGCUACAAUUUUUUUGUCGAAAAUAUUACGGUAGAACCUAUGCUCGCCUGUUACAUCGUUCCUAGUGUCCUCGCUAGUCUUGCUACCCAAAACCUUAACCUUGAAAAAGCCUGCAGAGUAAACUUGAGGUAUUCAGAGGAAGUUUGUGAUGCCUUAACGGCGAGAAUGACAGAGAAUUACGCUAUAGAAGAAAGAGAAGUUCAGCAAUUAGUGGCAAAUAUGGGAGUCUGGAAGACGAUGCUUCAAAGUGCUUUACCUGCUUUUCUCAUUAUGUUUAUAGGCUCUUGGAGCGACCGGUGGGGGAAAAGAAAGCCAUGCAUGCUAUUUCCAAUAGUCGGCGAGUUUAUGACCGUGGUAGGGCUUAUGAUUUGUACAUACUUUUUCUACGAACUGCCAAUGGAAGUGUCUGGGCUUAUAGAAGGCUUCUUUCCCGCUAUUACUGGUGGAUGGUUUACCAUGUUCAUGGGCAUAUUUAGUUAUAUAGGUGACGUUACGACUUUGGACGUAAGGACGUUAAGAAUCGGCAUAGUUAACGUAUUUUGCUCUCUCGGUAUUCCAAUAGGACUUGCGCUCAGUGGAAUUCUUUACAAAAAAAUCGGUUUCUACGGUGUAUUUUCUGUAUCAGCCAUCAUGUAUAUAAUGGCGUUCUAUUACGGGUACAAAUCUAUCAAAGAACCUAAGAAAUUGGACAAGCCUACGUUACCCGAUAAACCCUGUGCUUUUAUUAGAGACUUCUUUAAUGUUCGUCAUCUUUUGGAUACUUUCAGAGUUGCUUUUAAGAAAGGAGAGAGUAAGCGAAGAAAGAAAGUGAUGCUGCUCAUGUUGGUUGUGAUGGUAGUUAUCGGACCUAUGCACGGUGAGAUGAGUGUCGGUUAUCUCUUCACCCGUUACAGGUUUAAUUGGGAUGAAGUUGACUUUAGCAUUUUUUCCACGUAUAGCAUGGUAACGAAUCUGAUAGGAACGUCCUUUUCUGUGGGGGUAUUUAGCCACGUACUGAAAUUUGACGACGCUAUCAUUGGAAUAUAUUCUUCCUUAAGUAAGAUACUUUCCAGCUUUGUUUAUGGAUUUGCAACUACCUCUUUAGUUUUCUAUUUAGGUUCAUUGGUAGAAAUACUAAAUGGUACAUCGUUUAUUGCGAUGAGAUCUAUAGCGUCAAAGCUGGUUCCUACAGAUGAACUCGGAAAAGUAAACUCUCUUUUUGGUGUGUGUGAGGCUCUAAUGCCUCUUUUAUAUGGACCAAUGUAUAAUGCCACCUAUUCUGCCACUAUACAUUUUAUGCCAGGAGCUUUUUAUAUACUUGGCGGAAUAUUAACAGUACCUGCAGUAAUUAUAUUUGCAUGGAUGUAUCUUCAAUCUCGACGAGAGUCAACUGAGAACACUAAGGUACACAUGGAAAAGCGAACCAGUGUCGUAGCCGACGUUAUUCUUAAUGCAGGUGCGAAGGAAACCCAAAUGAACAUUCCUAUUACAACUCCAAUGCUAAACGGAAUAAGAAAAAUUCCUAGUCAAGAAGAUACGCAAAACAAAGAAAUGCAGAAUGGUAUCGUAAAUCAAGCAUUUGAAGAUAUUGGUACCAACUUGCCUACCGGACAAGACACUAUUCAAAAUCCAUCCAAAAACACAAUAUUAUAGUUAAUGAAAAAAUCGAUAAAACAGGUGUAAAUAACACAGCGUAUCUCCAUGAUGAAAAAUAG